UCAUAACACGUCCGGUUGGAAAUCAGGCUCCAACACAAAGUUCCGCAUGAGGACAUAGUGGCCAUAAAUGGAAAGGAAUGAGUUCUACCCGGUUCUACCUUGCAUUUCAAUACAACACAUUGCAAAGAACGCCUUUCAUUUAAUGUUUGAAAAGUAUUUGGGUUUUUUAAGAGCACAUUGUCAUGCAUACUUAAAGUGGGGAACUUAUGUGUCCUAAGGAUUUUGCUAGAUUGGGAUUUGUUAUCAUUCAGUUUACUAGUCAUGGUUUAAGAACUUAAAUUGUCUGUUUUUUGUUGGUCUAUUUACCCAAAUUAUGCUACUCGUCACCUGUGAACAUGCCUUUGUUUUUAAGAACACUAACUUUAUUCUCUCACUUGAAGAAAAGCUGCUCUCUCCUUGUUUUUUCAUGGAUAAACUCCUCUCCCUCUACUCUAAUCAGCUUUACUUCAGGGGCACCCUCUUUGGCUUCUCUGAUCAACGAUUGGCUGUGCAGAUCUCCUCUAACAGGCUAUUGGCUGGGACAGAUGUCAUUCACAGUGUUUUUGCCUCAGGACAGAAAUUCAUCCACACUCUUGCUGCAGUCAGCAGAGCUGCUGUAUUGUUAUGUUGUGUACAAUGCCAGUAGACUCCACACUGGUUUUAUGAACUUUGGAUGCAAUGAAACGUAACUGCAGGUGAAGGGAGGAUUAAAUCAGGGUGUGACAUUACAAUCAGCCAUGGGGACAAAUAGCCAGAGCUCUGGCAUCCUUAAAAGCGAUGAAGACGUCCCAGCUGCUGCCCAGUUAAAAGAUGAUACUGCAGGGUCCAUUGUCUCAGUAAGGGGCUUAAAGGAGAACUGGCAGAAGUGGUCUCAUGAGCACCAGGAGUACCAGAGGACCAACCCCUUCAAUAACAGCACCAGGCCCAGUGUGGUGGUCCCUCAGAGGGGGCAGGAUGACUAUGGGAGGCCCCUGCAGGGAUCCAUGACAGAUCAGCGAGGGAAAGACGCUCACACACACAUUUCUAGAGAGGUUCAGGAGCUGUGUGAGGUGAUAAGGGACAUUGGAGAGCCAAGGGACAAAGAUGUGGAUGGGAAGAUGGCUGUUGAAUUCGGGAAACUGUUUGAGCAUUAUGUGAGCAUCUCUAAUAAAGUGGUGGGGGUUCUUCUGAGAGCGAGGAAACAGAGGCUGGUGGACUUUGAGGGAGAGAUGCUGUGGCAGGGGAAGGAUGAUCAUGUGGUUAUAACACUAUUACAAUGAUCAGAAUACUGAAUGUUAAUUGAUGCCUUGAUUCAGGUUACAGAGCUCAUGGCAGCACUCACUGUGAUUCUUAUAGAGCAAUAUCACUUACUGUUCUUUUUGUCAUGUAUGGCACUUUUAUUUUAAAACACAACUUAUUUUCUUACAUAAUUUAAAGUACCGUGAUGGAAUGUGUGUGAUCAGAAAUAAUUUGGGCUGAGGAGAAAUUAGAAUGAUUCUCAUUUGUGAGCCAUAGAAGUCAUUAGCAUGUUCAUCUGUGAGCUUGCAAAGCAAUAAGGUUCUUAAACUGAAACUUAAUAAUAGAAAUAUGACUAAUGUAGUGUAAGAAUGAUAAAGGGAGUGGGGGGUUGUAGCCUAAUAUCAGCAGGUGACUUUGUCUCUUAAAAAAAUAGCCAUUCUCACAUGUUUGUAUAAUCUCUAAUGCUUAUCUUCACAGUAAGUUACUUAACAAACCAUGUUGGAGUUAACAUUGGGUGAAGCUUCUGAUCUUAGCCAAAAUGAACCCUUUAUCCUUAUAUUUGCUGCACUAUCUUUUUAAUAUAGAGACCGUGGAGUUUGCAGCUGAAAUAAAGUCAGCAUUGUUAAUGACACUGACACAAAGCCAAAGAGAACAUGAGGCUACCUGUGACAGACAAUAUGGUGCUGUAGGAUGAACUUGACCCAACUCGGCUUGAGUGCUCUGCAGCAUGUAUUUAUUACACGUGCUUUGAAAUGAAGCCAAUCUGAUAAGUCUUCAAAUCGUGCCACACUGAAAUAAGAAGUAGAGACUAACAGUGCUGUUUUAACGGAGCCAUAACUACAACAUCAACCAUGUACUGACACAUAUGCCAUAAAAUAUGCUGCUAUUUAAGGUGAUGGCCAUACGUAUACAUAUUUGUUUUCAGCAAAGGUAGAGGUUCUUAGAUAACGUGUAAGGACUGUGUUUUGCAUCACAAUAAAGAAAUAGAUACAGAGUCCUGUCUGUUAUUGCUGAUACUUUGUGAGCUGUAAGCACCGACUGAUGUAGUUAAACUAAUGAUGAGGAGAG